AUGUCUUCUUUAUUUUCUCUUUGCAGGGACGUGGGGCGGGAGCUGCUGCAUCUACUGCAGUUUGUGGAGCUGAACGCCACGGGCCUGAGGAAGAUCCUGAAGAAGUUUGACCGGCGUGUGGGCGUGAGGCUGGGACACAUGUACAUUGCUUCGCGCACGCUGCAUCCCUACUCGCACCUGCAGCAGAUCUUCAAACAAGUGGGUCUGGGCGCUAUGGGUCUGGGCGCCAUGGUGGGAACAAUCAUCCGCAAUCUGGACGAGUUGCACCGCAGGGAGCGGUGCUUCUCCUCGCCCUCCAAUCUCCUCUCACCACGUGGUGCCGGCACGCCCAGACGCACGUCCUUCUCGCUCUUCAGGCAGGGGGACGAGUCCCCGGUGUACGUGGCUCAGGAGGAGCCCAUCAUUCAGGUGGGUGCUGCUGAUGGUGCAACCGUUUACAGUGAUGCGCACGUGGUGGCACGUGGUGGCACUCCCAGACGCCUGUUUGCACUCUUCAGGCAGGGGGACGAGUCCCCGGUGUACGUGGCUCAGGAGGAGGAGCCGAUCAUUCAGGAAAUCGAGGCGGCACGGGCGAAGCUGACAGACGCGGUGGGGUACAGCACGUACAUGGCCAAGGGGCUGCUGCUGCCGCCUGCUCCUGAGAGAGGGCCCGAGGCAGGGGAGCCGGAGUUCCACUGGUGGUCGCUGCAGCUCAACCAGUUCAACACGUUCCUCUACAUGAGAGGGCCCGAGGCAGGGGAGCCGGAGUUCCACUGGUGGUCGCUGCAGCUCAACCAGUUCAACACCUUCCUCUACAUGGUGAACCACUACACCAUUGUCCCAACCUCAGACGAGUACGCAGUCCUCCUCUCCGCCCCGCCAGCCCUGUGCGGUAUCAUCGUGAACUACUACAUCAUCGUGCCAACCUCCGACGAGUAUGCCAUACUCCUCUCCGCGCCACCCGCUCUCUGCGGCAUCAUCAUCGGCGCCACGCCCCUCUGCGCCCUGGUGAACUACUACAUCAUCGUGCCCACAUCAGACGAGUACGCAGUCCUUCUCUCCGCGCCACCCGCUCUCUGCGGCAUAAUCAUUGGCGCCACGCCCCUCUGUGCGCUGGUGUCAGCCUUCAUCUUCAGCAAGUGGUCCAACACGUCCUACACGCAGCCCUUACUCGUCUCCACGCUCGUCCUGCUGCUCGGCAACUUCGUCUACGCUGCUGCUCUGGAUUUCAACUCCGUCGCCCUCUUGCUCAUCGGCCGGUCGCUCACCGGGCAGGGCCGCAGGGGUAGACCUGGAAGGAGUGGGCAGGGGCGAGAGGAGGGGAUAGGGGAGGGGUGGGUGGAGAGGGUGGGUUCAGCAUCAUUGGGGAUCCGGAAAAAGGGGGCAGAGGGGAAAGGAGGAGGGGAGGAGAGAGGGAAAAGCCUGGGAGGAGUGCGAGCGAUUAACCGCAGAUACAUAGCCGACCACGUGCCAUCAUCUGAACGCACCUCAGCCUCAGCGGGCUUUGUAAGCGCCGGCGCGCUGGGCAUGGCAGCAGGGCCCUUCGCCGCCUCCCUGAUCGACUUCCUCAACUUCAAGUUCCUCGGCUUCACUGUCAACUCAGUCACCUCCCCUGGCUGGCUCAUGGUGCUCUCCUGGCUGCUCUACCUCGCUUUUGUGGUUCUUUUCUUUAAGGAGCCGGACCGGACACACCUGCAGCCGGUGCCGGCAGCAACGGGGGUGAAGUCCGGAGGGAAUUUGAGAAGGAGGGGGUCUAAAGAGGCUGCGCUGGGAGGGAACCUGAAGAGGGGGGGUUCUAAAGAAGCGGCGCUGGGUGGGAUGGGAGCGGUGGGCGUGAAUGGGGUUGUGGGGGAGAGGGGAGGGUGGGGGGAUAGGGAUGGAGUGGUGGUGGGAGAGGGGAGUAUGGUGACUGCUGCGUCGCCUGCUGAUGGCGCAGUGAAGAUUGAAGAGGAGGGAUUUGGCACAGGGGCAGGAGUCGAAGUGUGGGGAGGGGCGGUAGCAGGGAGAGGAGAGAAUAGAGGGGCUGGGAGCGCCUUAUCCGAGCCUCUGUUGAGGGGGCUGGCAGGGCAGGACAGUAGGAAUAGUGUGACAGCAGCGACAGCAGCACGGCGAGUGCACAGUGGGAUGGUUGACGAGAGCGACGCGCGAACUUGGCUGAUGCUAGCCUCUCUGCCGAGGGUGGAUGAGGGGGAGGACAAGGAUGAUGAUGGAGCAUUUGCGGAUCAUCAUCAUCCUGCCCUCAUUAACCACGCCUGCCCUCCCUUCCCUCCUUCCUCCCCACCCUGA